AUGGAAGACUUGGGGCUGAGAGAAGGAGAUCACGCAGUCACAGUAGGAAUGUCCGGAGGGGUCGACUCUGCCACGACGCUUGGUAUACUCAAAGACUUUCCCAUACACCUCGACAUCAUAUUCAUGCGCAACUGGGAUCCCCUCCUCUCCGAAUCAUCACCCGACUCCGACUCCCCUGCUCCCCAAAUAUCCCUCUCCUACACACCCCCCUCCUCCCCCUCCUCAUCAACUCCCAAAACCCCAAACCUCUCUCCCUGCGAAUGGCAACGCGACUACACCGACGUCCUCUCCGUCUCGUCCCACCUCGGCGUGCCCGAAGCUAAAGUCCGUUUUGUCGACCUGAGCAAGGAGUACUGGAGUCGGGUGUUUGAGCCUGCUGUGGGCGUUUGGGAGAGUGGGGGUACGCCGAAUCCUGAUGUCGAUUGUAACAGGCAAAUCAAGUUCGGAGCUCUGCUCGACGUCUUGCCAAAGAACGACCGUCAUUUCCUCGCAACCGGCCACUACGGCCGUAUAUCCCACUUCCCAUCCUCCCCAUCACGUCUACUCCGAGCCGCCGACACGUCCAAAGACCAGACUUACUACCUUUCCCAAAUGACCGAAUACCAACUAUCUCGCACGAUAUUACCUCUCGGCGGGUUAUUGAAAAAAGACGUCAGAAGACUAGCACUACAUUGGGAUUUACCGAAUGCGAAAAAGGCGGAGAGUAUGGGCGUCUGCUUUAUCGGCGAACGCGGUAAAUUCGGGGACUUUAUCUCACAAUACACCUCCCCCCCACCCCCAGGCUUCUUCACAACCCCCUCCGGUACCCGUCUCUCCCAGCACAAAGGCCUCUGGCACUACACUAUCGGGCAAAAAGCGCGCUUAGGAGGGCAGAAGGAGGUGCUGUUCGUUGCUAAGAAGGGGGUGGGGAGGGAGGGGGAGGAUAUUUUGGUUGUUCCUGCGGGUCAUCCGGCGUUACUUUGUUCUUCGGUACGCACGUCGUCGUUCAUCUGGAUCCAUGGAGGCGAGGAGGCAAAAACGAUCAUCAAGGAAAGACCGGCGGGCGUGAUGGUCCAAGUCAGACAUCGGAUGGAACCUACGCCGGCGAAGGUGGCAUUUGGCGAGAACCUUUCAGAUGUAAAGGUUAUUUUCGAUCCUCCGCUGGUAGGCGUCAGCCCAGGACAGGUGGUUGGGAUUUGGCAUGAGGGGUGGUGUCUCGGAAGCGGGGUCAUCGAAAGUACCGAAUGCGUUGACGAAAGUGUGAGCUCAAGCUAG